UCGUUAUUGCACCAACCAGCGCAUGCUGGAUUAUACUACUCAAAAACGGCCUGCAAAUUUUGUAUCUUUUUCCUCCAACCCACCGAAUCUCUCCCUCAAAAAUGUCUUCUUUAAUUUGUAUCUAUAUACACACAUUUCGUCCAAACUUGUUAUUCUUCAUUGGCUUCCGCCAUGACUGCUUACGUCACUUGCUUAGUUGUAACCGUCAUCCUUUUGUUUCCGGUGAGUCAAUCAUCAACCGUCGGAGUUGAAUACGUGUCUUCUCUUAUUAAAGUCCAGGAUCGUGAAAAAGCUCCGGCGUCCGUACAGUUGUCAGCUGCUAGGGCUGUGCUUCAUCGGUUUAUUCCUUCUCAUUCAUCCAGUUUUGAUUUUCAAAUCAUCACUAAAGAACAAUGUGGUGGAGUGUCAUGCUUUAUGAUAAGUAAUCACCCUUCUUCAAAUAUUCCGGGUGCCCCUGAAAUUCUUAUUAGCGGUGUCACUGGAGUGGAACUAUUAUCUGGUCUUCACUGGUAUUUAAAAAACUUGUGUGCAGCACAUAUAUCAUGGGAUAAAACUGGCGGUUCACAACUAUCGUCGGUGCCUAAGGCUGGGUCUCUUCCUCGUAUGAAAGAUGACAGUCUUCUGAUACAAAGACCUGUUCCUUGGAAUUACUACCAAAAUGCUGUCACAUCUAGUUAUACAUUUGCAUGGUGGGACUGGCAAAGAUGGGAAAAAGAGAUUGAUUGGAUGGCUAUUCAAGGCAUCAAUAUGCCUUUGGCAUUUACUGGCCAAGAAGCUAUCUGGCAAAAAGUAUUUGAGAAAUUUAACAUUAGUAAUGCAGACUUGAAUGAUUUUUUUGGAGGUCCAGCAUUUCUUUCAUGGUCUCGCAUGGCUAACUUGCAUGGUUGGGGUGGACCACUCCCACAAAGCUGGCUUGAUCAACAACUCGCAAUGCAGAAGAAAAUCCUUUCUAGAAUGUAUGAGCUCGGAAUGACUCCAGUCCUACCAGCCUUCUCAGGAAAUGUGCCUGCUGCUUUGAAAAAUGUAUAUCCUUCGGCCAAGAUAACACGUUUAGGAAAUUGGUUUACAGUUGACAGCAACCCUAGAUGGUGUUGUACUUAUCUUCUUGAUGCAACUGAUCCUUUGUUUGUUGAGAUUGGGAAAGCUUUUAUCCAGCAACAAGUCAAAGAGUAUGGACGGAGUAGCCACAUAUACAACUGUGAUACUUUUGAUGAGAAUACACCACCUACAGAUGAUCCAAAGUACAUAUCUUCUCUGGCUGCUGCCAUUUUUGAGGGAAUGCAAAGUGGUGAUGAUGAUGCUGUUUGGUUAAUGCAGGGAUGGCUGUUUGCAUAUGAUCCAUACUGGAGGCCUCCACAAAUGCAGGCACUCCUACAUGCAGUUCCUAUUGGGAAAAUGAUUGUUCUUGAUCUUUUUGCUGAAGUUAAACCUAUUUGGAUCACUUCCGAUCAGUUCUAUGGUGUUCCAUAUAUCUGGUGCAUGCUACAUAAUUUUGCAGGAAAUGUUGAGAUGUAUGGCGUUUUAGAUUCUGUUGGGUCUGGACCUGUUGAAGCCCGUAUUAGCAAAAACUCAACAAUGGUUGGAGUUGGAAUGUCAAUGGAAGGUAUCGAGCAGAAUCCCGUGGUUUACGAUCUGAUGUCUGAAAUGGCAUUUCAGCACAACAAAAUUGAUGUCAAGACAUGGGUUGAUUCAUAUCCCACCAGACGAUAUGGAAGAUUUGUUCCAUCACUGCAAGAGGCCUGGAAUAUAUUAUAUCACACAGUUUAUAAUUGCACCGAUGGUGCCUACGAUAAAAAUAGGGAUGUAAUAGUUGCAUUUCCAGAUAUUGAUCCAUCCUUUCUUUCUAAGCCACAAAUGCAUGGAAGAAGAUACCUUAAGUCUAAAAAUUCUUUGUUAAAGAGAUUUUCCCUAAAAGACGACGAUGAAGCUUUUGACAAACCCCAUUUGUGGUACUCAACUCCAGAAGUUAUACGUGCACUAGAGCUUUUCAUUGAAGGUGGCAAUGAAGUAUCUGGAAGCAAAACUUAUAGGUAUGAUCUUGUUGACUUGACGAGACAAGCAUUAGCAAAGUAUGCUAAUGAUCUGUUUCUAGAUAUUAUCUCAGCCUAUGAUUCACAUGAUGGUUAUGGUGUCACUCACCUUAGCAAGAAGUUUCUUGACCUUGUAAAUGAUAUGGACACACUUUUGGCUUGCCAUGAAGGGUUCCUACUAGGACCAUGGUUAGAGAGUUCAAAGCAACUUGCUGUCGACAAGGAACAGGAGAUACAGUAUGAAUGGAAUGCAAGAACUCAAAUCACAAUGUGGUUUGAUAACACAGAGGUGGAGGCUAGCCUGCUUCGGGAUUAUGGAAACAAGUACUGGAGUGGACUUCUGCGAGACUAUUAUGGCCCUCGAGCAGCCAUCUAUUUCAAAUAUCUGAUGGUGAGUUUGGCAAAGGGAGAAAGCUUUAAUGUAACAGGUUGGAGAAGAGAAUGGAUCAAGCUUACAAACGACUGGCAGAAUGCAAGGUAUGCAUACCCUAUUAAAAGCGAAGGUGAUGCCCUCAGUACAUCGCAGUGGCUUUUCAACAAGUACUUGCGUGGUUCUGCUAUAAUUGAUCAUUAGCUUAACACAGUCAAAUGUAAAAAUGGAAGUGCUUGUGGUACAAUAAGAUUGCUCCUGGAGAGCCAUUGUAGCGAGGUGUGAACUUUUAUGAGCUUAUCAAAUGAAACUUAAAGUCUUUUUCCAA